UCAGCGGCCACGGCCGGGGACGGUGUGAGAGCGGUAAGAUGGCGGCGGCGGCGGUGGUGGAGUUCCAGAGAGCCCAGUCUCUACUCAGCACCGACCGGGAGGCCUCCAUCGACAUCCUCCACUCUAUCGUCAAGCGUGACAUCCAGGAGAACGAUGAAGAGGCGGUGCAGGUCAAAGAGCAGAGCAUCCUGGAACUGGGGUCUCUCCUGGCCAAGACUGGACAGGCUGCAGAGCUUGGAGGACUCCUGAAGUAUGUGCGACCCUUCUUGAAUUCCAUCAGCAAGGCUAAAGCAGCGCGUCUGGUGCGAUCUCUUCUUGAUCUGUUUCUUGAUAUGGAAGCAGCUACGGGGCAGGAGGUUGAGCUAUGUUUAGAGUGCAUCGAAUGGGCCAAAUCAGAGAAAAGAACUUUUUUACGUCAAGCUUUGGAGGCAAGACUAGUGUCUUUGUACUUUGAUACCAAGAGGUACCAGGAAGCAUUGCAUUUGGGUUCUCAGCUGCUGCGGGAAUUAAAAAAGAUGGAUGAUAAAGCCCUUUUGGUGGAAGUACAACUUUUAGAAAGCAAAACAUACCACGCCCUAAGCAAUCUGCCGAAAGCUCGAGCUGCCUUAACCUCUGCUCGAACCACAGCAAAUGCCAUCUAUUGCCCUCCAAAACUGCAGGCCACCUUGGACAUGCAGUCAGGUAUUAUCCAUGCAGCAGAGGAGAAGGACUGGAAAACUGCAUACUCAUACUUCUAUGAGGCAUUUGAGGGUUAUGACUCCAUCGAUAGCCCCAAGGCCAUCACCUCUCUGAAGUACAUGUUGCUGUGCAAAAUCAUGCUCAACACCCCAGAAGACGUCCAGGCUUUGGUGAGCGGGAAGCUUGCCCUUCGGUAUGCAGGGAGGCAGACAGAAGCAUUAAAAUGCGUGGCUCAGGCUAGCAAGAACAGAUCACUGGCAGAUUUUGAAAAGGCCCUGACAGAUUAUCGGGCAGAACUUCGUGAUGACCCAAUCAUCAGCACACACUUGGCCAAGUUGUAUGAUAACUUACUGGAACAGAAUUUGAUCCGGGUCAUUGAGCCUUUUUCCCGAGUACAGAUUGAACACAUAUCUAGCCUCAUCAAACUCUCCAAGGCCGACGUGGAAAGGAAAUUGUCACAGAUGAUUCUUGACAAGAAGUUUCACGGGAUUUUGGACCAGGGGGAGGGUGUCCUGAUUAUUUUCGAUGAGCCCCCAGUAGAUAAAACUUAUGAAGCUGCUCUGGAAACAAUUCAGAACAUGAGUAAAGUAGUGGAUUCCCUCUACAACAAAGCCAAGAAACUGACAUAGGCGUCCGGUGUUCUCUCCCCCCACCCGCCAUAUGGCCUGUUCACCCUUCCCUCUCCUGGCACUGGCUCCAGCUGAAGGUCCUGCUACCCGCAGCAGCAGCAGCAGCAGCAGCACCUGCACAGCGCCGCACUGACCUGUGAAGGAGUGGGGACAAGGCCUGGAGCUAGUGUCUGCCGCAGCCACAGAGGGAGCCCGCGGGCCCUCAGCCCCCGGGCCUGUUGUGCAUGUGGCUUUUUUAACACAGUAAACUAGAUUAGACGUCAGUGUUUUAAUUGCCCCCUCCUCUCCUUUUCUCUCCCCCUCCUCCUCUCUCUCUUCCUCAACUAGGAGGAGGUGGUCGCUGGCCUCUCUUCCCUCCCCUGCCCUUCCUGCAGAGGAGUCGGGUUGUCUGAAACCCAUCAGCUUGCUUCCACUGCUCCUCUCCUGCUGGUGGAUGAAUUCCUUCCUUUUUAAACAGUGAACAUUGGAAAUGAGACUGUGGGGUGUUUUUGUUUUGUGUUCUAAGCAUUUCUUGUUUUCAAGCAACCUCGUGUCCCCUUCUGGUGAGUUUCCCUGAUCCCCUCUUGGGUGGAAGGGCAGGAGGUGGGCGCUGUGCUUGCGCAUGCUCUGUUCCUGGUGGCCUGUAAUGCCGCCGGGCAGGUCAGCUUCUGCACCACAGUGUGCUAAGCGUUUCUUUCUCCUCUUUGUCUUUCUCUUUUCCUUUCCCUAUUUUUCCUCCUGCCUUUUCCUGCUGGCCUCUUUUCUCCUUCUUUGCCUUUCUUGGAGUAUCCUUCCAGGUUUUCGUAAUAAAUUUAUAUUUUGUAAAAGAA